CCGGCUUUAAUCAGUUACCCUAACCCUUCCCCUAUAUAAACUCUCUGCGUCCUUACAAAUUGAAACGUUCUUUUUAAAUCUCUCUCCCAACCUCCUUCGUACCUUCACAGCCUCACUCGCGAUAAUGGAUUCGGAAUCGGCUUUCGAUCGGGUCAAGGGACCGUGGAGUCCAGAGGAAGAUUUACUAUUGAAGAAACUAGUGCAACGGCAUGGAGCAAGAAACUGGACGUUGAUAUCGAAAUCAAUACCGGGAAGGUCGGGGAAGUCGUGCCGUCUGCGGUGGUGCAACCAACUUUCGCCGGAAGUAGAACAUAGACCUUUUGCACCUGAAGAAGAUGAGAUAAUUGUUGAUGCUCAUUCAAGAUUUGGUAAUAAAUGGGCUGCUAUCGCGCGUUUACUCAAUGGCCGUACUGAUAAUGCCAUUAAGAAUCAUUGGAACUCUACUUUAAAGAGAAAAUACGGUGCCGCAUUCAAUAACGAUGAUGGUGAUAGAUUGCAGGAGAAGGAACGCGAUAAGAAAGCGCUGUCGUUUCGUUCCAGCUCUUCUUUAUCUUCCGGAUCUGACGUCAGCGAUACAGAGUUGCCAGUGACGUCAUCGUCUUUACAACAACUAGGGACCACUCACGAUCGGGUCCAAUCAGCAGCAUACCAUGACGAUGACGAUGAUGGACCAUCGACCGAGCUCACGUUAUCAUUUCCUGGAAAAGGGUGCAUAGAGUUAUCAGCCGGUGCUAAAGAAUUAACUUUUUCGAUAGAGGAACAUACUGAGAAAAAUGCUUUGCUUGCCCCGAAAUUGAUAGCGACGAUCCAAGAGAUGAUCAAAACUGAAGUGAAGAAUUAUAUGAAGGCUAAUAUGAGAUAGAUUAGAUUUUGAUUAGUCAUGAAAAAGUUAGAUUUUGAUUAGUUAUGAAAAAAGAAAAGGAGCUGUUCUGUGUAUAGAACUGAGAGCCGUCCAACAAUUUCCGAAGUAAUUCUGGUUACUGGUUCUGGCAUACUAUGGUGGGACGGUUGGGUACUGUGGUAGUACAAUAUUCUUUUUGUGUUUUCAGUCUCUUGUAAGCCUUAACCGCCCCGCAAAGAACUGUUUGAGAAUGCUUUUAUAAAAUUUAAUUUUUUAAAUA